AUGAGCGGAGCCAGGGUACGAUCACCGCAACCUAUUGCUUCUCGGAUCAACAUCAUCAACCAACAAUGUUCUCUAUGGAAGGCAUGUAUGACAAAGGCCAAUUCAAGGCAUGUGAGUGACUCCAAUCUUGAAGAUGUGGAUAUGAAUACAAAAGCACUUUUCUUGAGUGAUAAUAAACCUCCGAAUAGGCCUUUCAAGUUGUAUCAUGCUUGUGGCAAUACAGUCAAUUUGGAGGAAGAUGAAGAUGAUGUGGUCAUGCCCACUCCAAAGCCGUUGGGAAGAGAUAAAUAG